AUGACUGGACUGCGGCAGGAGUCGGUGGUCCGGUUUCUGGCGGCGAGGGGCGGACGGGCUCGUAACGCGGAGCUGUUGGAACAUUUCCGGGACUGGCUCAGCCCCUCAGAGCCCGGCCGCCGCGCCGCCGCCCGGCAGCGUUUCAAGGAGCUGGUCAACGCCGUAGCCACCGUGCGCCAGGACCCCGGGACCGGAGUCAAGUACGUGCACCUCCGCCGCCGGUACUGGGGCCGCGGUGGCCGCGCUGGUGGCGGCGGCGACUCGGACAGCGCCUCGGUGGCCUCGUCCUCCGCCGAGGAGGAAGGGAGCACCACCGGUUCCGUGGCCCUGGAUCCCCUGGAGCACGCGUGGAUGUUGUCGGCCUCGGACGGGAGGUGGGAGAGCCUGGAGGGGUUGCUGAGCUGCGAGCCGGCGCUUCUCUGCAAGCGGGACUUCAUCACCGGCUUCACGGUGCUGCACUGGGCCGCCAAGCACGGGCGGCAGGAGCUGCUGGCCACGCUGGUCAACUUCGCCCAGCGGCACCAGCUGCCCGUGGACAUCAACGCCCGCACCAGCGGCGGGCACACCGCCCUGCACAUAGCCGCCAUGCACGGGCACGCCGAAGUGGUGAAGCUGCUGGUGGGAGCCUAUGACGCCGACGUGGACAUCCGCGACUACAGCGGGCGCAAGGCCGCGCAGUACCUGCACCAGGGCACCUCGGGGGAUAUGCGGAGCCUCGUGGGGGCCCUGGAGGAGGAGGAGGAGGAGGAGGAAGGGGCGGCCGGCAACGGGAGCGGGCGCUGGAGGCUCUCCAAGGUGUUGCCCGCCAAUCUCAUGAGCUACCGGCUCUCCCACCACCACCACCACCAUCAUCACAGCACUGGGGAGGAAGCUGAGGGCACCGAAGGGGCAGCGGUGGCAGGCAAGGGCAAGGAGAUGACCAGGAAAGCCUCCGGCAGCGGGCGGAUGAAGCCUCGGCUUAAUAAGAUCCGCUUCAGGACUCAGAUCAUCCACAACACGCCCUCCUUUCGUGGUGACACCGAGGAAGAAGAGCAUGAGGAGAAAUCCCUGAAAGCGUCGUUCAAGCUCAGGCCAAAGUCCAAUGUCUUUGGAUAA